UCUGUCGAAAUGCAGUAAAGGGCGUUUCAUUUAAGAUUUCGGGAAUGCCCUGCUCCUUAUUUAUUGGUUCACACGUCCAAAAGAACGCCUGCUUAAUUUUCAUUGGCUAUCAUAUGGCCAAUGCCAAUACGUACUCAGUCCUUUGGCGGAUAUAAGGUGCAUAAGGCACAACCCAUUUUUAAAGACAUUUAACUAAGCAUGUAAAGGCACGGAAAGGGGGACACUUCUCAUAGGGUACUUGUACAACGUGAUUUCAGAUACGAUGACGAAAUGGACUGUGUAGCUCGAUGUACUCGAAUACACCGAGCCUGUCUCCAACCUGGCAAUGAAGACGUGUAUUUAUAUAUAAUAUCAAACGAAAGCAUUAAUGUAUUUAAAAAUGUUAUCCACCAAAGUUUGCUAAGCAUAAUUUUGUUUCUUGUUCACUUCCGCAUAAUUUUAGUGUUACAAUCGGAGAAGUUGAGGCGUGCAUUUAUUCACAUAGCACACUGACUCUCCUCAAAUGAACUCGUAACCUCCCAAAAAAUAGAGCGGUCUCUGAUGACGUCAUCAAAGCGACGCCAAAACGGUGCCCGGUGUUUGCGCGGCUCCCUAAUCUUUCAGAUUAAGGAUUAAGAAUUGACGCUCUUGCGGCCUGGUUGCACAAGUGGACAUGUGAAACGAAAAAGAAAAGGUGGUGGUGGAGGUUAAGGGAACACUCGGCCACCAUAGGCUCCCAUUCUAUCAGGAAACACUCUUCAUCUCUGUUCUCCAUGAAACCGUGAGAUUACAUUUUUUUCAUGGCCAUCACUUUCAGACCUACUAGGAAACUCCAAGGAAACACUCACUUCCAGUAACAAGUACACAAAGUGAAGCAGGUGCCAAUCUGUCCAGAGGCAGUUAAAAGUUUAAUAUAAAUAUGAAGAUGUGGUCUAUGAAGAUAUGAGUAAGAGCGAGGAAGGGGACCGUCCAGAGCUACACAGGAACUUCCUUGUCAUGACUACCAUGGAGGAAAGAAUUGUGAAUAUUAAGGAAGAAGACUGUGAGUGGGAAUCUGUGCACCACCAGCAGAACAAUCCUGGCAUUAAAAAGGAGGAGGACUUUGAAUUGGCAAUAGUGGGCAUUAAAGAGGAAUCUGAACAAACAUCUGCUAGUGCUGACAUUCAGAAAAAUGAGCCUGGUAGAGGUGUCAAGGCAGAAGACGUCAAAUCGGAGUGUGUCUGCCGGCAUGUGUCUGCUAAUGAAGAAGGCACCGGCUUAGACCACCUGCAACGUGGGGAUCCCUCACUACAGCAGUGUCCAGUCCACAAGGAGCCCAAAUGUUUGGAGAACAUGGAGAAACUCUCAUGUUCAACUUCAUUUGGGGAAGAUUCACAAGAGACUGGCAACCUCGGCUCAAGCAUGUUUAAUGAGAGUACUGUUCGGCGUCAACCAGAACAAACAUGGCAAGGUGAAAAUCUAAAGAAAGUGACAUCUCUACCAGGAAGUUUGUUGCUGGCCUCAUUCUUUCACUGCUGUGUGCCUGAAGUGAUUCAGAGGGAAUUAGAUUCCAUGAACACCGAAAAGGAACAAAAUCAGAAUUUAGUAGACUUAGAUGUGUGCACAGAAUCGGAGAACACAUCUAAGAAUACUUCUCAAUGCAAAGAUAAGCAGGGUCAAAUGGAACAGAAACCAUAUUGCUGCUCUGAAUGUGGAAAACAAUUUUCAAGUACACAGUGUCUCCAGAUGCACACAAGAGUUCAUACUGGGGAGAAGCCAUAUUCUUGCACUGAUUGUGGCACACAGUUCUCCACCAGCAGCAGUCUUGUAACUCACAAAAGGGUUCACACUGGAGAGAAGCCAUAUUGUUGUUCCAAGUGUGACAAACAAUUCUCUUCAUUGUAUGGUCUUCACAGCCACACACAAACUCACACGGGAGAGAAGUCCUAUUGCUGUUCAGAAUGUGGCAAACAAUUCUCCAGGAGUAGCUACCUCAAGACUCACACAAAAAUUCACACUGGAGAGAAGCCUUAUGCUUGUACUGAAUGCGGCAAACAGUUCUCUAGGAGUAGCCACCUCCAGAUCCACACAAGAAUACAUACUGGAGAAAAGCCGUAUUGCUGUUCUGAAUGUGGCACACGAUUCUCUUCAAGUUAUGGUCUUCACAGCCAUGCAAGAGUUCAUACAGGAGAGAAACCAUUUUCAUGUUCUGACUGUGGCAUACGAUUCUCUUCAAAGUAUGGUCUUCACAGCCACAGAAAAGUUCAUGGUGGAGAGAAACCAUAUUGCUGUUCUGACUGUGGCAAACGAUUCUCUGCUAGUAGCAGUCUUUGGUGCCACCGAAGAAUUCACACGGGAGAGAAGCCUCAUUGCUGUUCUGACUGUGGUAAACAAUUCUCUACAAGUAACAAUCUUCAGAUUCACAGAAGAAUUCACACUGGUGAGAAACCAUAUUGUUGUUCUGAAUGUGGGAAGCGAUUCUCACAAAUGAAUGGUCUUCAAAACCACACGAGACUUCACACUGGGGAAAAGCUUUAUUGUUGUUCUGAAUGUGGAAAACGAUUUUCUAACAGUAGCAAACUUUGGAGUCACACAAGAGUUCAUACUGGAGUGAAACCGUACUGCUGUUCUGAGUGUAACAGGAGAUUCUCAACCAAUGGUCAGCUUCAGAUCCACAUACGAAUUCACACUGGAGAGAAGCCUUAUGGCUGUUCUCAAUGUGAAAAACGAUUCUCCACUAAUAGCAGUCUUCAGAAACACAUAAGAAUCCAUACUGGAGAAAAGCCGUAUUGCUGCUCUCACUGUGGCAAACGAUUUUCUGACAGGGGUGGUUUACGCCAACAUGCGAAAAUUCACACAGGAGAGAAGCCGCACUGCUGCUCUGAUUGUGGAAAACAUUUUUUACACAAAAGCCAUCUUCAAAACCAUAUGCGAAUUCAUACGGGUGAGAAAAGAACAAAGAAAAAAGAAGUGGCGUUAACAGAACCUUGUAAAGAAUAGGUGAAGUCGCAGAAAAUUUCCAAUAAGUAGUGUUAUAACACACACAGGCAAGAAAUGUACAACGGCAAAUAAUACCUUGAGACACCUCACAGUAACCUAGAGGAUCCAAGUAUAAAUAUUGAAAGAUAAUGAAGGAUGUUUUUGUCAAUGACAGUUUAACAAAAACCUAGAACUUCAAGGGAGGAGAAAAUUUAAGAUUGAAAAAAUCUCAAGAAUAUCAUAAGUGAAAGUCCAUAGAACACAUCAGAGUAGAAUGGAUGGUCAGACAUCAUAAACCCCCAUUGGUAGAAAAAACAGUAGCCUGUGGUAAUGGCAAAUAAAAUUAGAAUUGAUGAAGAAAGCUGCUGCUACCUGAAAGGCAUCUGAGCCAGAUGGCGUCCACAACCUGAAGGUACUAACAUUCCUACACCAGAAUCCUGCACACGUGUGACUUAAACCUUCUUAAUAAUAAUUAAGUAAUUGUUUGCAUUUAUAUAGCGCUUUUCUCACUACUCAAAGCACUCAGCAAAUGCAGGUUAAGGGCCUUGCUCAAGGG